AUGGGACAAGAGGGAACUCGAAUCUCCACCCUUAAGUCACAUCAAGAAGGAGAAGCGCUCAAACCAUGCCUCUCAAAAGCUCCAUACACCCAGCAGCUGCAGUUAAAGAAGAAGGGAGAGGAUAACCAAUUCUCAAGAUUCUUGGAAAUCUUCAAGAAACUACAAAUCAACAUACCCUUUGCUGAAGCAAUAGAGCAAAUACAACUUUACGCCAAGUUCUUGAAGGAAUUGAUAACAAAGAAGAGAAGUUGGAAGAACAAUGAGACUAUGGUACUCACCGAAGAAUGCAGUGCCAUCAUCCAACACAAAUUGCCCCAGAAAUUGAAGGAUCCUGGGAGCUUCCAAAUCCCUUGUAUCAUAGGGGAAAUCACAGUGGAAAAGGAUUUAUGCAAUCUAGGAGCUAGCAAAAAUCUGAUGUCCUUAGCAAUGAUGAAAAAAAGGAAGAUUGAGGUAGCUAAACCAAUAAGAAUGGCCCUGCAACUAGCAGACAGAUCAUUUAAGUUUCCCCACAGAAUAGUAGAAGACUUGUUGGUGAAGGUGGGAGACUUCAUCUUUCCAGCAGAUUUCGUAGUAUUAGACAUGGAGGAAGGAGCUAAGACUUCCAUCAUCCUGGGAAGGCUAUUCUUGGCCAUUACCGGAGCCAUCGUUGAUGUCCAAAAAGGUGAACUUGUCCUUAGAUUACAUGAGGAGAAAAUGAUAUUCAAUGUGUUUAAGGCCAUGAGUUACCCACACAACUCAUUGGGAGAAUGUAUGAGGUUGGACUCGGUGGAGGCUUUGGUGCAAGAAACACUUGAAGAAGAACUUGAGGAGUUAACAGAAGAAGAAGAAUUAGCAUCAAGCAAAGAGGCUGCAGCCGCUGAAAUGCAUGUUCCAAGCACACUAUAA